AAUUAGGAAGCUCAACAAUUUUCAUGAACAAAGAAGGUUUUCUCAUGCAGAUUACAAUCACUUACAAUUUCUUCUUGUUCUUUCUCUUGCUUAUGUGCCUAAAGUGCCAUGGUUGCAUGGAUGAAGAAAGGGUUGCUCUAGGGCAAAUCAAACGUUCAAUAAACAGUCCGCAGGGAACUGCUUUUUCAAGUUGGUAUGAGGAAGACUGUUGCCAGUGGGAGGGUGUUGAGUGCAAUCCAUCGACAACUCGUGUCAUUAGGCUUAGCUUUCACCAUAGGAGGGAUCAAAGCUUGCCUGAAUUAUGGUACCCAAAUGCUACCGUAUUUGCUCAGUUUAAGGACUUGCAAGAACUUGAACUACCUGGAAAUCAAAUUGGGGUACUCAUUUCACCCAACGAGCUUGGACGACUAAAGCAGCUUCAGAAGAUUGAUGUCCAUGACAACUCCAUACAAGUUGGUUCACAUCUCUGUUGGGGGAAAAUUUCUUCACUUCAUUUCCUAGAUUUGUCAACAAACAAGUUAGAAGGUGACAUUCCAAAAUGCCUGUGUGAGAAUCUUCGUGUCAAAGAGCUAUUUCCGUCCGAUAACUUUCUAAUCGGAAACAUUGACGCAUGCUUGAGAAAUAUGACUUCACUUGAAUACGUAGAUCUCUCUGAUAAUAGUUUCAAUGGUUCCUUUCCUUCGUUAUCAAUUAGCAACCUAACAAAUAUUCAGUCAAUUAUUCUCUCAGGAAAUGAGUUCAAGGGCAGGAUUUCACUUUCGCACUUUGCAAAUUUAUCGAGGCUAAGUUCCCUUGACAUCUCAUGGAAUUCCUUGGAAGUUGAAACUGAGUCCAUAACUUGGGUUCCAUCUUUCAAUCUGUCUGUGCUAAAUUUAGCCGCUUGUAACCUCAAGACCAUCCCCAGCUUCAUUUCCUCACAGAGGCACUUGGAAUCACUAGAUUUAUCAUGCAAUUCACUCAUAGGGAAGAUUCCUUCAUGGAUGCUUGACAAUGUCUCUAAAAAGUUACAGCUAAGAAGAAAUGGUUUCAUAGGACCAUUUCCUAAGUCCUUUCAGAACAGUUCACAGCUUACUGAACUUGACAUCUCUGAUAAUCUUUCAUCAGGGUCAUUUCCUGAACAUAUUGGUGUCAAUUUUCCAGAAUUGCACAAUCUAAAUGCUUCCUUGAAUAAUUUUAGUGGCAAGCUUCCUCCAUCCUUUGUUAGAAUGAAACAGCUUAUGUUUCUGGAACUAUCAGGCAAUCAAUUCCAUGGAGAAAUCCCUUAUGGCAUGACAAGCAAUAUGAGCUCUCUUGAAUAUUUGGGAUUAUCUCAGAACAACUUGACAGGAGAGGCACUUCCAAAAAAUUCCAGCAUGCCUAAAUUGAGGUGGCUUUAUCUUCACAGAAAUCACUUCACUGGAAACUUCCCAGAUAGCCUGUCAAAGAGCAUGGAUUUGCUACUUGCUGACAUUCGAGAAACUAACAUGUCAGGUGAGCUUUCAUCAUACUUGCAUGUUCUCUCUCAAAUAAGAGUCCUCCUCCUUGGAGGAAACAAUUUUGAAGGGGAAAUACCACAGCAACUAUGCCAGAUGAGACAUUUGCAAAUUUUAGACCUUUCAAGGAAUAAUCUAUCCGGUGGCAUUCCGACGUGUAUUGACAAUAUUACUUCCUGGACAAAUGAGACGCCUGGUCUCAACAAAGCAAGGGAACCUUACACUACAGUUCCACUCCGUGCCGAAGGUAGGUCAAAUUCCGAAAACCUUUGGAAACAUGAUGGAGUUGGAAAGCCUAGAUCCUUCUCGAAACAUUCUCUCUGGCAAGAUACCAGAGGGAACCAAUUCAACACCUUUGGUAAUGAUUCUUACAUGGGAAAUUCUGGCCUUUGCGGCGUUCCAAUGACUAAGAACUGUGAUGAGGUUUUAGAGAAGUCAUCCGCACCUCCUGGCAUUUGUGGCUCACCACUGGAUAAGGAAUGUGAUAAAGUUCAAGAGAAGUCAUCCUGUUUCUUCCCAAAUAAUGCCACCUCAUAUACUUUACUAGUUAUGUCUUUAUGUGCCAUUCUUCUUCUUUCAGAUUAAACGUGUAGGUUUGAUUUUCAGAUCUGUUUUUUAUCCUUUCCUGAUUCUACUUGUAGCAAAAAUGGAAAUGUUAAACAAAUUAAUUCCUUUCCCUUCCAUUUCCUCGUAUCUGUUAUUUUUAUUCUGAAGUGUCAUAACAAUUGGUUUUCUAAGGAAAUGUCUCAAGCACUCUAUCCAGACUCCAAAAGACAAAAUCAACACUCUUGACGCUG